AUGAACAGUAGUGGCAAGAAAGCCAUCACAGUAGCUGCUUCUACUUUAAACGGAGCUGCUUUUAACGGGGACGUUAGCAGCAACGGCCUUGUGAGGAAUGCGGCAGGCGGGGCAGGAAGGAAGGCGGUUGGCAGCGAGCGAGAAAAGGCAGAGGGAGCGGGUGGUGGCGCUCAGAGGCACGGUGGCGAGCAUGUGGCGCAAGGUGAGAGGCACGUGGCGCAAGGUGAGAGGCAUGUGGCGCAAGGUGAGAGGCACGUGGCGCAAGGUGAGAGGCAUGUGGCGCAAGGUGAGAGGCACGUGGCGCAAGGUGAGAGGCAUGUGGCGCAAGGUGAGAGGCAUGUGGCGCAAGGUGAGAGGCAUGUGGCGCAAGGUGAGAGGCACGUGGCGCAAGGUGAGAGGCACGUGGCGCAAGGUGAGAGGCAUGUGGCGCAAGGUGAGAGGCACGUGGCGCAAGGUGAGAGGCACGUGGCGCAAGGUGAGAGGCACGUGGCGCAAGGUGAGAGGCACGUGGCGCAAGGUGAGAGGCAUGUGGCGCAAGGUGAGAGGCAUGUGGCGCAAGGUGAGAGGCACGUGGCGCAAGGUGAGAGGCAUGUGGCGCAAGGUGAGAGGCAUGUGGCGCAAGGUGAGAGGCAUGUGGCGCAAGGUGAGAGGCAUGUGGCGCAAGGUGAGAGGCAUGUGGCGCAAGGUGAGAGGCAUGUGGCGCAAGGUGAGAGGCAUGUGGCGCAAGGUGAGAGGCAUGUGGCGCAAGGUGAGAGGCACGUGGCGCAAGGUGAGAGGCAUGUGGCGCAAGGUGAGAGGCACGUGGCGCAAGGUGAGAGGCAUGUGGCGCAAGGUGAGAGGCAUGUGGCGCAAGGUGAGAGGCAUGUGGCGCAAGGUGAGAGGCACGUGGCGCAAGGUGAGAGGCACGUGGCGCAAGGUGAGAGGCAUGUGGCGCAAGGUGAGAGGCACGUGGCGCAAGGUGAGAGGCACGUGGCGCAAGGUGAGAGGCACGUGGCGCAAGGUGAGAGGCACGUGGCGCAAGGUGAGAGGCAUGUGGCGCAAGGUGAGAGGCAUGUGGCGCAAGGUGAGAGGCACGUGGCGCAAGGUGAGAGGCAUGUGGCGCAAGGUGAGAGGCAUGUGGCGCAAGGUGAGAGGCAUGUGGCGCAAGGUGAGAGGCAUGUGGCGCAAGGUGAGAGGCAUGUGGCGCAAGGUGAGAGGCAUGUGGCGCAAGGUGAGAGGCAUGUGGCGCAAGGUGAGAGGCAUGUGGCGCAAGGUGAGAGGCAUGUGGCGCAAGGUGAGAGGCAUGUGGCGCAAGGUGAGAGGCAUGUGGCGCAAGGUGAGAGGCAUGUGGCGCAAGGUGAGAGGCAUGUGGCGCAAGGUGAGAGGCAUGUGGCGCAAGGUGAGAGGCAUGUGGCGCAAGGUGAGAGGCAUGUGGCGCAAGGUGAGAGGCAUGUGGCGCAAGGUGAGAGGCAUGUGGCGCAAGGUGAGAGGCAUGUGGCGCAAGGUGAGAGGCAUGUGGCGCAAGGUGAGAGGCAUGUGGCGCAAGGUGAGAGGCAUGUGGCGCAAGGUGAGAGGCAUGUGGCGCAAGGUGAGAGGCAUGUGGCGCAAGGUGAGAGGCAUGUGGCGCAAGGUGAGAGGCAUGUGGCGCAAGGUGAGAGGCACGUGGCGCAAGGUGAGAGGCAUGUGGCGCAAGGUGAGAGGCACGUGGCGCAAGGUGAGAGGCACGUGGCGCAAGGUGAGAGGCAUGUGGCGCAAGGUGAGAGGCACGUGGCGCAAGGUGAGAGGCACGUGGCGCAAGGUGAGAGGCACGUGGCGCAAGGUGAGAGGCAUGUGGCGCAAGGUGAGAGGCACGUGGCGCAAGGUGAGAGGCAUGUGGCGCAAGGUGAGAGGCAUGUGGCGCAAGGUGAGAGGCACGUGGCGCAAGGUGAGAGGCACGUGGCGCAAGGUGAGAGGCAUGUGGCGCAAGGUGAGAGGCACGUGGCGCAAGGUGAGAGGCAUGUGGCGCAAGGUGAGAGGCAUGUGGCGCAAGGUGAGAGGCAUGUGGCGCAAGGUGAGAGGCACGUGGCGCAAGGUGAGAGGCACGUGGCGCAAGGUGAGAGGCAUGUGGCGCAAGGUGAGAGGCACGUGGCGCAAGGUGAGAGGCACGUGGCGCAAGGUGAGAGGCAUGUGGCGCAAGGUGAGAGGCACGUGGCGCAAGGUGAGAGGCAUGUGGCGCAAGGUGAGAGCCAUGUGGCGCAAGGUGAGAGGCAUGUGGCGCAAGGUGAGAGGCAUGUGGCGCAAGGUGAGAGGCAUGUGGCGCAAGGUGAGAGGCAUGUGGCGCAAGGUGAGAGGCACGUGGCGCAAGGUGAGAGGCACGUGGCGCAAGGUGAGAGGCACGUGGCGCAAGGUGAGAGGCACGUGGCGCAAGGUGAGAGGCAUGUGGCGCAAGGUGAGAGGCACGUGGCGCAAGGUGAGAGGCACGUGGCGCAAGGUGAGAGGCAUGUGGCGCAAGGUGAGAGGCACGUGGCGCAAGGUGAGAGGCAUGUGGCGCAAGGUGAGAGGCACGUGGCGCAAGGUGAGAGGCACGUGGCGCAAGGUGAGAGGCAUGUGGCGCAAGGUGAGAGGCACGUGGCGCAAGGUGAGAGGCACGUGGCGCAAGGUGAGAGGCAUGUGGCGCAAGGUGAGAGGCAUGUGGCGCAAGGUGAGAGGCAUGUGGCGCAAGGUGAGAGGCAUGUGGCGCAAGGUGAGAGGCAUGUGGCGCAAGGUGAGAGGCAUGUGGCGCAAGGUGAGAGGCAUGUGGCGCAAGGUGAGAGGCAUGUGGCGCAAGGUGAGAGGCAUGUGGCGCAAGGUGAGAGGCAUGUGGCGCAAGGUGAGAGGCAUGUGGCGCAAGGUGAGAGGCAUGUGGCGCAAGGUGAGAGGCAUGUGGCGCAAGGUGAGAGGCAUGUGGCGCAAGGUGAGAGGCAUGUGGCGCAAGGUGAGAGGCAUGUGGCGCAAGGUGAGAGGCAUGUGGCGCAAGGUGAGAGGCAUGUGGCGCAAGGUGAGAGGCAUGUGGCGCAAGGUGAGAGGCAUGUGGCGCAAGGUGAGAGGCAUGUGGCGCAAGGUGAGAGGCAUGUGGCGCAAGGUGAGAGGCAUGUGGCGCAAGGUGAGAGGCAUGUGGCGCAAGGUGAGAGGCAUGUGGCGCAAGGUGAGAGGCAUGUGGCGCAAGGUGAGAGGCAUGUGGCGCAAGGUGAGAGGCAUGUGGCGCAAGGUGAGAGGCAUGUGGCGCAAGGUGAGAGGCAUGUGGCGCAAGGUGAGAGGCAUGUGGCGCAAGGUGAGAGGCAUGUGGCGCAAGGUGAGAGGCACGUGGCGCAAGGUGAGAGGCAUGUGGCGCAAGGUGAGAGGCACGUGGCGCAAGGUGAGAGGCACGUGGCGCAAGGUGAGAGGCACGUGGCGCAAGGUGAGAGGCACGUGGCGCAAGGUGAGAGGCACGUGGCGCAAGGUGAGAGGCACGUGGCGCAAGGUGAGAGGCACGUGGCGCAAGGUGAGAGGCAUGUGGCGCAAGGUGAGAGGCACGUGGCGCAAGGUGAGAGGCACGUGGCGCAAGGUGAGAGGCACGUGGCGCAAGGUGAGAGGCACGUGGCGCAAGGUGAGAGGCACGUGGCGCAAGGUGAGAGGCACGUGGCGCAAGGUGAGAGGCACGUGGCGCAAGGUGAGAGGCAGGUGGCGCAAGGUGAGAGGCACGUGGCGCAAGGUGAGAGGCACGUGGCGCAAGGUGAGAGGCACGUGGCGCAAGGUGAGAGGCAUGUGGCGCAAGGUGAGAGGCAUGUGGCGCAAGGUGAGAGGCAUGUGGCGCAAGGUGAGAGGCAUGUGGCGCAAGGUGAGAGGCAUGUGGCGCAAGGUGAGAGGCAUGUGGCGCAAGGUGAGAGGCAUGUGGCGCAAGGUGAGAGGCAUGUGGCGCAAGGUGAGAGGCAUGUGGCGCAAGGUGAGAGGCAUGUGGCGCAAGGUGAGAGGCAUGUGGCGCAAGGUGAGAGGCAUGUGGCGCAAGGUGAGAGGCAUGUGGCGCAAGGUGAGAGGCAUGUGGCGCAAGGUGAGAGGCAUGUGGCGCAAGGUGAGAGGCAUGUGGCGCAAGGUGAGAGGCAUGUGGCGCAAGGUGAGAGGCAUGUGGCGCAAGGUGAGAGGCAUGUGGCGCAAGGUGAGAGGCAUGUGGCGCAAGGUGAGAGGCAUGUGGCGCAAGGUGAGAGGCAUGUGGCGCAAGGUGAGAGGCAUGUGGCGCAAGGUGAGAGGCAUGUGGCGCAAGGUGAGAGGCAUGUGGCGCAAGGUGAGAGGCAUGUGGCGCAAGGUGAGAGGCAUGUGGCGCAAGGUGAGAGGCAUGUGGCGCAAGGUGAGAGGCAUGUGGCGCAAGGUGAGAGGCAUGUGGCGCAAGGUGAGAGGCAUGUGGCGCAAGGUGAGAGGCAUGUGGCGCAAGGUGAGAGGCAUGUGGCGCAAGGUGAGAGGCAUGUGGCGCAAGGUGAGAGGCAUGUGGCGCAAGGUGAGAGGCACGUGGCGCAAGGUGAGAGGCAUGUGGCGCAAGGUGAGAGGCACGUGGCGCAAGGUGAGAGGCACGUGGCGCAAGGUGAGAGGCACGUGGCGCAAGGUGAGAGGCACGUGGCGCAAGGUGAGAGGCAUGUGGCGCAAGGUGAGAGGCAUGUGGCGCAAGGUGAGAGGCAUGUGGCGCAAGGUGAGAGGCAUGUGGCGCAAGGUGAGAGGCAUGUGGCGCAAGGUGAGAGGCAUGUGGCGCAAGGUGAGAGGCAUGUGGCGCAAGGUGAGAGGCACGUGGCGCAAGGUGAGAGGCAUGUGGCGCAAGGUGAGAGGCAUGUGGCGCAAGGUGAGAGGCAUGUGGCGCAAGGUGAGAGGCAUGUGGCGCAAGGUGAGAGGCAUGUGGCGCAAGGUGAGAGGCAUGUGGCGCAAGGUGAGAGGCAUGUGGCGCAAGGUGAGAGGCAUGUGGCGCAAGGUGAGAGGCAUGUGGCGCAAGGUGAGAGGCAUGUGGCGCAAGGUGAGAGGCAUGUGGCGCAAGGUGAGAGGCAUGUGGCGCAAGGUGAGAGGCAUGUGGCGCAAGGUGAGAGGCAUGUGGCGCAAGGUGAGAGGCAUGUGGCGCAAGGUGAGAGGCAUGUGGCGCAAGGUGAGAGGCAUGUGGCGCAAGGUGAGAGGCAUGUGGCGCAAGGUGAGAGGCAUGUGGCGCAAGGUGAGAGGCAUGUGGCGCAAGGUGAGAGGCAUGUGGCGCAAGGUGAGAGGCAUGUGGCGCAAGGUGAGAGGCAUGUGGCGCAAGGUGAGAGGCAUGUGGCGCAAGGUGAGAGGCAUGUGGCGCAAGGUGAGAGGCAUGUGGCGCAAGGUGAGAGGCAUGUGGCGCAAGGUGAGAGGCAUGUGGCGCAAGGUGAGAGGCAUGUGGCGCAAGGUGAGAGGCAUGUGGCGCAAGGUGAGAGGCAUGUGGCGCAAGGUGAGAGGCAUGUGGCGCAAGGUGAGAGGCAUGUGGCGCAAGGUGAGAGGCAUGUGGCGCAAGGUGAGAGGCAUGUGGCGCAAGGUGAGAGGCAUGUGGCGCAAGGUGAGAGGCACGUGGCGCAAGGUGAGAGGCAUGUGGCGCAAGGUGAGAGGCACGUGGCGCAAGGUGAGAGGCACGUGGCGCAAGGUGAGAGGCAUGUGGCGCAAGGUGAGAGGCACGUGGCGCAAGGUGAGAGGCAUGUGGCGCAAGGUGAGAGGCAUGUGGCGCAAGGUGAGAGGCAUGUGGCGCAAGGUGAGAGGCAUGUGGCGCAAGGUGAGAGGCAUGUGGCGCAAGGUGAGAGGCAUGUGGCGCAAGGUGAGAGGCAUGUGGCGCAAGGUGAGAGGCACGUGGCGCAAGGUGAGAGGCAUGUGGCGCAAGGUGAGAGGCAUGUGGCGCAAGGUGAGAGGCAUGUGGCGCAAGGUGAGAGGCACGUGGCGCAAGGUGAGAGGCACGUGGCGCAAGGUGAGAGGCAUGUGGCGCAAGGUGAGAGGCACGUGGCGCAAGGUGAGAGGCACGUGGCGCAAGGUGAGAGGCACGUGGCGCAAGGUGAGAGGCACGUGGCGCAAGGUGAGAGGCACGUGGCGCAAGGUGAGAGGCAUGUGGCGCAAGGUGAGAGGCAUGUGGCGCAAGGUGAGAGGCAUGUGGCGCAAGGUGAGAGGCAUGUGGCGCAAGGUGAGAGGCAUGUGGCGCAAGGUGAGAGGCAUGUGGCGCAAGGUGAGAGGCAUGUGGCGCAAGGUGAGAGGCAUGUGGCGCAAGGUGAGAGGCAUGUGGCGCAAGGUGAGAGGCAUGUGGCGCAAGGUGAGAGGCAUGUGGCGCAAGGUGAGAGGCAUGUGGCGCAAGGUGAGAGGCAUGUGGCGCAAGGUGAGAGGCAUGUGGCGCAAGGUGAGAGGCAUGUGGCGCAAGGUGAGAGGCAUGUGGCGCAAGGUGAGAGGCAUGUGGCGCAAGGUGAGAGGCAUGUGGCGCAAGGUGAGAGGCAUGUGGCGCAAGGUGAGAGGCAUGUGGCGCAAGGUGAGAGGCAUGUGGCGCAAGGUGAGAGGCAUGUGGCGCAAGGUGAGAGGCAUGUGGCGCAAGGUGAGAGGCAUGUGGCGCAAGGUGAGAGGCAUGUGGCGCAAGGUGAGAGGCAUGUGGCGCAAGGUGAGAGGCAUGUGGCGCAAGGUGAGAGGCAUGUGGCGCAAGGUGAGAGGCAUGUGGCGCAAGGUGAGAGGCAUGUGGCGCAAGGUGAGAGGCAUGUGGCGCAAGGUGAGAGGCAUGUGGCGCAAGGUGAGAGGCAUGUGGCGCAAGGUGAGAGGCAUGUGGCGCAAGGUGAGAGGCAUGUGGCGCAAGGUGAGAGGCAUGUGGCGCAAGGUGAGAGGCAUGUGGCGCAAGGUGAGAGGCAUGUGGCGCAAGGUGAGAGGCAUGUGGCGCAAGGUGAGAGGCAUGUGGCGCAAGGUGAGAGGCAUGUGGCGCAAGGUGAGAGGCAUGUGGCGCAAGGUGAGAGGCAUGUGGCGCAAGGUGAGAGGCAUGUGGCGCAAGGUGAGAGGCAUGUGGCGCAAGGUGAGAGGCAUGUGGCGCAAGGUGAGAGGCAUGUGGCGCAAGGUGAGAGGCAUGUGGCGCAAGGUGAGAGGCAUGUGGCGCAAGGUGAGAGGCAUGUGGCGCAAGGUGAGAGGCAUGUGGCGCAAGGUGAGAGGCAUGUGGCGCAAGGUGAGAGGCAUGUGGCGCAAGGUGAGAGGCAUGUGGCGCAAGGUGAGAGGCAUGUGGCGCAAGGUGAGAGGCAUGUGGCGCAAGGUGAGAGGCAUGUGGCGCAAGGUGAGAGGCAUGUGGCGCAAGGUGAGAGGCAUGUGGCGCAAGGUGAGAGGCAUGUGGCGCAAGGUGAGAGGCACGUGGCGCAAGGUGAGAGGCACGUGGCGCAAGGUGAGAGGCACGUGGCGCAAGGUGAGAGGCACGUGGCGCAAGGUGAGAGGCACGUGGCGCAAGGUGAGAGGCACGUGGCGCAAGGUGAGAGGCACGUGGCGCAAGGUGAGAGGCACGUGGCGCAAGGUGAGAGGCACGUGGCGCAAGGUGAGAGGCACGUGGCGCAAGGUGAGAGGCACGUGGCGCAAGGUGAGAGGCACGUGGCGCAAGGUGAGAGGCAUGUGGCGCAAGGUGAGAGGCAUGUGGCGCAAGGUGAGAGGCAUGUGGCGCAAGGUGAGAGGCAUGUGGCGCAAGGUGAGAGGCAUGUGGCGCAAGGUGAGAGGCAUGUGGCGCAAGGUGAGAGGCAUGUGGCGCAAGGUGAGAGGCAUGUGGCGCAAGGUGAGAGGCAUGUGGCGCAAGGUGAGAGGCAUGUGGCGCAAGGUGAGAGGCAUGUGGCGCAAGGUGAGAGGCAUGUGGCGCAAGGUGAGAGGCAUGUGGCGCAAGGUGAGAGGCAUGUGGCGCAAGGUGAGAGGCAUGUGGCGCAAGGUGAGAGGCAUGUGGCGCAAGGUGAGAGGCAUGUGGCGCAAGGUGAGAGGCAUGUGGCGCAAGGUGAGAGGCAUGUGGCGCAAGGUGAGAGGCAUGUGGCGCAAGGUGAGAGGCAUGUGGCGCAAGGUGAGAGGCAUGUGGCGCAAGGUGAGAGGCAUGUGGCGCAAGGUGAGAGGCAUGUGGCGCAAGGUGAGAGGCAUGUGGCGCAAGGUGAGAGGCAUGUGGCGCAAGGUGAGAGGCAUGUGGCGCAAGGUGAGAGGCAUGUGGCGCAAGGUGAGAGGCAUGUGGCGCAAGGUGAGAGGCAUGUGGCGCAAGGUGAGAGGCAUGUGGCGCAAGGUGAGAGGCAUGUGGCGCAAGGUGAGAGGCAUGUGGCGCAAGGUGAGAGGCAUGUGGCGCAAGGUGAGAGGCAUGUGGCGCAAGGUGAGAGGCAUGUGGCGCAAGGUGAGAGGCAUGUGGCGCAAGGUGAGAGGCAUGUGGCGCAAGGUGAGAGGCAUGUGGCGCAAGGUGAGAGGCAUGUGGCGCAAGGUGAGAGGCAUGUGGCGCAAGGUGAGAGGCAUGUGGCGCAAGGUGAGAGGCAUGUGGCGCAAGGUGAGAGGCAUGUGGCGCAAGGUGAGAGGCAUGUGGCGCAAGGUGAGAGGCAUGUGGCGCAAGGUGAGAGGCAUGUGGCGCAAGGUGAGAGGCAUGUGGCGCAAGGUGAGAGGCAUGUGGCGCAAGGUGAGAGGCAUGUGGCGCAAGGUGAGAGGCAUGUGGCGCAAGGUGAGAGGCAUGUGGCGCAAGGUGAGAGGCAUGUGGCGCAAGGUGAGAGGCAUGUGGCGCAAGGUGAGAGGCAUGUGGCGCAAGGUGAGAGGCAUGUGGCGCAAGGUGAGAGGCAUGUGGCGCAAGGUGAGAGGCAUGUGGCGCAUGUGGCGCAAGGUGAGAGGCAUGUGGCGCAAGGUGAGAGCAUGCCAAGCGUGGCUAUGUUCCUGGGCACUUACCCUCUUCCUCCUUCUCCUCCUCCUUUUCCGUGCCAUCCCUCUCGCCCCUUCCUCACCCACUCCCAUACGCGCACCUCCCUUUGCUUCUCCCCCUGGGCACCACACCAACCCCCUCACACCACACCAUGCACCCGUCAUGCGCGCCAUCAGGACUUCCUGCUAUCGCAGUCACCCCUGGCCAAGCUCACAGUGGACGCGCGCCCCUCCCACGCCGCCAUCGCCUCCGACCUCCUCGAACCGCUCCCCACCACUGCCACACCCAAUGCCCUCUCGCCCUCCGCCGCCCCCUCGCCUGCCCCCCCCACGGGUCAGAAGAAGGCCCGGGGGAAGAAGGGCGGCGCACAGCCCUCGCUGCGCUCCGCUGCCGCUGCUGACGUUGUCACUGUGGGGGACAGGUCGCUAGGAGCGCCCUUCAAUGCGCGCAGCCCGCUGGACUCGCAUGUGCCAGGAGGCUUACCCGCUCUCAAGGCCAGUUGGCAAGCCCUCCUGCACCAGAUCCGUGUGUGUGACAGCAGCAACUACCUCAAGGCCUUCCAGGCAUCGGACGUGCUAGUGGUGGUGGGGUGGUCCUCCGACCUGCUCCCCUUUGCCCGCCGCAACAGCAACAUCACCGUCGCCGCCCCUGCUGACGGCACGCUCCUCUUUGCCGACCUAUGGGCUGUGCCUGCCACUGCCCGCUACAACAUUCCCAAGGCUGCCUGGCGCAACCGAGGGCCCUCCCCGCUCAUCGGGCAGUGGAUGAAAUUUUGCCUACAGCCCGCCCGGGCAGUGCCCCUGGAGCGGGAAAUCUUUUCCGCCUUCUCCCCCACGGUCCUGCCCGACUGCCUCCCUCUGCCACCAAUUCAGCCAGCUGACGACUCAAGCAUCAAUGCCGCUAGCACUGGUGACAGCAGCGCCAAGGCCAGCACCAGCCAGCUCAACGCGGUGCUGCUGGGGGACAGGAAGGGGGGCGUGGCGGCACAGGGGCAGAGCGUGCAGGAGCGGGUGAAGCAGCUGCUAGAGGCUGCUGCAGGGUCAGUGCGAGGUGUAGUGAAGAGAAUAGGUUGA